AUGCCUUCACAUAGGGCCAGGGCCAGGGCCUCCUACAGGGGCCAGGACCAGGCCUCCACACAGGGGCCAGGGCUAGGCCUCACACAGGGCGAGGGCCAGGCCUCCACACACAGAUCAAGGGCCAUGCCUUCACAUAGGGGCCAGGGCCAGGCCUCCAUACAGGGGCCAGGACCAGGCCUCCACACAGGGGCCAGGGCCAGCCUCCACACAGGGCGAGGCCAGGCCUCCACCACGAUCAGGCCAUGCCUUCACAGGGGCCAGGGCCAGGCCACAAGAUCAAGGGCCAGGCCUUCACAUAGGGGCCAGGACCAGGCCUCCACACAAGAUCCAGGGCCAGGCCUUCACAUAGGGGCCAGGACCAGGCCUCCAUACAGGGCCAGGGCCGGGCCUCCACAUAAGAUCAAGGCCAUGCCUUCACAUAGGGGCCAGGACCAGGCCUCACACAGGGGCCAGGGCUGGGCCUCCACGAUCAAAGCCAGGCCUUCACAUAGGGGCCAGGACCAGGCCUCCACACACAGGGGCCAGGGCCGGGCCUCCACAGGGCCAGGGCCAGGCCUCCACAGGGGGCCAGGGCCAGGCCUCCCACAGGGGCCAGGGCUGAGCCUCCACACAAGAUCAGGGCCAUGCCUUCACAUAGGGGCCGGGACCAGGCCUCCAUACAGGGGCCAGGGCUGA